AAUUAAAUAAAUUAUUUAUUUAUUUUAUAAAUUAAAUAUGUGUGAUUGGAGAUUCGAAAGGGGAACGGAUGUAUCGGUAGCUCUUUUGGAAACGUGCGCCUUUUUUCCGGUCGACAGUUACGCACUAACCCCAACACUCAUCAGUAUCUAAAUUUCAGUGCCACAUACAUCACUCUCUUCUUCCUCAAAUCCCUCCACCGAAAACCCAAACUCCUCUGCUACCUAUACGUACACAUUUCCGUUGUUCACAUGGAGUUACUUCAUUGCCCUUCUAUUUCUACCUACACACCUAAACUCUGUUUCCAGAACCAUCCUUUUUCGAGGAGAAACUAUGCAGGUUUUGAGAAUAAAUGGAGAAAAUCCAGGUCUUCAGUAAUGAUGGAUGCUGCUGCUGAUAGUGGAAGAGGAGGUGCGGCGGCGAAAACGACGGCCACUGUGGUGGUUGUGGAGAAACUGACCACAGAACGACGUCGUUUUGAGGUUCUAUCCGGGAAGCCGUUGCCGUUUGGUGCUACUGCUAGAGAUGGCGGUGUGAAUUUCGCUGUUUUUUCGAGGAAUGCAACCUCUGCUACUCUUUGUUUGAUCACUCUUUCCGAUUUACCUGAGAAGAGAGUGACUGAGCAAAUUUUCCUGGAUCCUCUAGUUAAUAAAACUGGAGAUGUCUGGCAUGUGUUCCUUAAGGGAGAUUUUGAGAAUAUGCUUUAUGGCUACAACUUUGAUGGAAAGUUCUGUCCUGAAGAAGGACACUACUUUGACUCUUCACAGAUAGUGUUGGAUCCUUAUGCCAAGGCUACAGUAAGCAGAGGAGAAUAUGGUGUAUUAGGGCCAGAGGAUGAUUGUUGGCCCCCAAUGGCUGGUAUGGUACCUUCUGCUGCUGAUCAGUUUUAUUGGGAAGGAGAUCUACCACUGAAGUUUCCACAGAGAGAUCUUGUAAUCUAUGAAAUGCAUGUUCGUGGAUUUACAAAUCAUGAGUCGAGCGGAACAAAAUGUCCUGGUACUUAUCUUGGUAUUGUGGAGAAACUUGAUCACUUAAAG